GCGCCAAGUAAACCUAUUUUCGUCUCUUUCACUCUCUUCUUCCAAGGUCGACAAGUAGCCGAGCUUGCAAUGUAUCUGUGUUCAGAUGUCUCUAGCCUUCAACCCUAGCAAAGAAUGGCACAGUUUCUGGAGUUGUUUGUUUGUUUGUUUUUUCAACCUCAAAUAUCCGCAAAUUUGUCCACAUUUUUUCUUUCUUUCUUGUUAGGUUUCUUCUGUUGAUUUUUCCUCCUCCUCCUCACCUUCAAUGUCUAUCCCUAGAAAACAAGUCACGGUGCCGUGUAAGCCAUGGAUCUAGAGUCAUCUGACAGACAAGUACUGUUGGAAGAAAAACAGACGGGUAAUAAAGAUAAGCCUCCUUUUUCACACCCUUCGUCUUCUACUUAUACUACAUCUUCUCCCAAGUACAAAACUCAGCUGCCGACUCUAAUUGGAAACUCAGAAGAUAAUUCUGCACCAAUGGACUCAGAUUCAACGCUUGAGCUUAGGACCAGUUCAAGUGACAACAUCGAUAAAGAACACAUGUUCGACAAAGUAGUCACUCCAAGCGACGUGGGGAAACUCAAUCGGCUUGUUAUCCCAAAACAACACGCUGAGAAGUAUUUCCCGUUUGAUUAUUCAACGAACGAGAAAGGUUUAGUUUUGAAUUUCGAGGACAGAAAUGGGAAGCCGUGGAGAUUCAGGUACUCUUAUUGGAAUAGUAGUCAAAGCUAUGUUAUAACCAAAGGGUGGAGCCGUUUUGUCAAGGACAAGAAACUAGAUGCCGGCGAUAUAGUUUCUUUCCAGAGAGGAGUCGGUGAGUUGUGUAAAGAUCGUCUUUUUAUUGAUUGGAGGCGGAGACCUGAUGCAGCUGAGACGCAGGUUUCUUUCCUUCACCAUCAUCAGCAACACCAAUUCCCCUUGCGCCGCUCGAUCCCAUGGAGUCCAUUGCUAAUGCGAGGGCCACCACCAGGAAGAGAAGAUCACUUGCACUUGUCACAGAUACACCCUCUUAACCAACAUGGCUACCACGGAGGUUUUGUAGAGCCGGUUGAUUUUGAAUCGGUGCCUAUGGUCCAAGGCAAGGCAGCAGCCAAGAGGUUAAGGCUUUUCGGGGUGAACAUUGAUUGCCCCAUAGAAAACUCUAAAAUGGUAUCGCAGCCUCUUCAACGCUCUUCAUCGUCUCAUCAUCCUCUCCAAUUAAGGCUCUACAAUGGCACCCCACUGUCCGCCAACGAAGGGAAGGUUUCCAUGUCCUUGGACUUAGAUAUCUGACCACAACAUAUAGAUUUGCCAUAAAGUUUCUUCAACACCAACAACUUAAAUUGAGAUUACAGUCUCGUUUCGUUUAUCGUGAUGGCAGACAUAACAAAUGUUAUUUCGAUCAUUAUGGUUAUUGCAGUCCUGGAUUUCUUUUACCUGUCUCAUGUAAUCCAACUAGUUUUACUUAGCUCUCUUUUGUUCUAGGUGGUUGUUCUUGUCACCAUGAUUUUGGUUAGGUU